GACAGCCGUGAGGCAACGAGUUGGAAUGGGCUGGAAGUGUCGCGGAAAGGAAAGGAAAGCAACAAUAGAUAAAAAAGCAGUUUUCUAAAAUCGCGACCAACAAAUUCGUGUGUGUGAUCGUGGAAAAACUCGUCAUCCCUGGGCCUGCCAGGUGCCUGUCCCCCGACCAUGGAAAGACGGAUCAAGCUGAAAACACUGAACGAACACAUCACGUGCGAAAUUUGUCGGGGCUACUUCAUCGAUGCGACGACCGUAACCGAGUGUUUACAUACGUUCUGCAAAAGCUGCCUAGUGAAACACUUAGAGGAAAACAAUACCUGCCCAACGUGUGAAAAUGUUAUCCACCAGUCGCAUCCGCUGCAGUACAUCAGCUUCGACCGGACGAUGCAGGACAUCGUCUACAAGCUGGUGCCGAACCUUAUGGACAAUGAAAUGCAGCGGGAGCGAGAGUUUUACAAAACGCGGAACCUGCCCUGUCCGAAGGAUAUGCCGCAGGUGCACGACACCGACGAUAAGGCGAACGAGCAGGCGCACCAGGAAGCGGACUACCACCGGCAGGACGAGCAGGUUAAUGUGUGCCUCGAGUGUAUCAGCGACAAGCUGCGCAACCUGAAGCGACGGUUCAUCCGGUGUAGUUCGCAGGCCACCAUAACGCACCUGAAGAAGUUCCUCGCGAAAAAAGUACUGAACGGUAUCGACCGAUACAAAGAUAUCGACAUCCUGUGCAAUGACGAGCUGCUGGGAAAGGACCACACGUUAAAGUUUGUGUACGUGACGCGGUGGCGCUUUAAAGACCCACCGCUCCGAUUACAGUAUCGGCCCCGGGUUGAUCUUUAAGCGUGUGUGCCUCGCGCGGUGCAACGAUAGGGAAGUGCAUUUUGCUAUCUGUGCUCCCUCUCUUGUGCGUUUCAAAGAGAUUGAAAGGGCCGGAGGGUGUGUAGAUAAGAGAUUUGUAGACGUGCGUGGGGUCGUGGUUUGUGGACAAGCGUUCGUCCCUCGGCAGUUGAUGCGUAAACCCCGGAGCGUUGUGAUAUCAGGAAGGUUUUUGCGCCUCAAUGGCGCCAAGUGUGGUAAGGGCAGGAGUAGGUGGAGGAGUCGGUGCUUUUGCAUUUUUCCCCGCCUUUCCUUCCUUGUGUGUACCACCGAAAUGUGCAACAAAGAAGAUCGCAUCGCAUGGUCACGCAUCGUGUUGAAGCGAACGAGCAAAAGGAGAAAGGUAUAGAAAAGAUUCGUUUUAUGCAUCUAGGAUUUAUAUGUUUAUGUGUUAUUUAAGCAAUGAUUGUACAUAAGGACGAGCUGCCCCGCGUGCCGCGCGUGUUUUGCACCCCGACGAGAAGGUUUUACACCGCAGCAGAACAAACAAACAAAAAAAGCAAAAGGACCGCGUUUUAGGCUGGUUGAGGCUGGCGAUGAAUGUGUACAGAACAAAACGGGGAACGGAACAAAGCGCGGCCAUGGGGCAGCGGCAGUUUGCAGCAGUGCACCUCCGAUGCACUUGUGCGUGUAAUAAUUCUCAAUUUGCAAAUAGAAGAAAGCCGACGACGGUAGGACGGAGGAUAUGUAUGGAGCGCGACAGCGGGAUCACACACAAGAGAUCAUUCAAAAGCAUGACGUGUAGUAGAAAAGAUGAUCUGUAUAAGUAUUAUAAUAAAUUUAUAUUCUAAAGACAUUAA